AUGUCGUCCUCGUACAUCUCUAACAAGACCUUCCAGCUAUGUGCCAUAGGCACGAUUGGAAUUGCAGCCACCGGUUUAGCAUUGGGUUCCUCCAACGGCGAUUCAUUUCUUAUCAAGCCUGGCAAGAGAAAGUCUCCUGGCUCCAAUGUCACUACACAGUCUCCUGUCUCUCCAUCCAUCUCUUUCUCACCGCGUCCUGCCACCUCGCAGCCUGUGCCCUCGACUCCUGUCGUCCCAGAACGGACGGAACGUCGCCUCUCCACUUCCAUUUUGAGAAGAAAGACUAUUCGAGCCGCCACGCCUUCCACCACUACCAGCAGUAAUGGCACCCAGUCCCGCGAGAGCUCUGUGAGCAGGCACGGAAUCCUAAAUCCCUGGACCUUGGAUAGAGACCCAUCAACGGAAAGAGAAAAGAAUAGCAGACCUGGUUCAUUUUGGCUGAGACGGAUAUCAAGCAUUUCACGUGGUGCCCACAGCAGCCCGGCUUCGUCCUCGUCAAAACUAGAUGAACCUCUCAACACCUCCAGGUCAUCAUUAGGAGACGCAGGUCAUCCAAACAAACUUGUUAAACGCUCGACUUCAAAGAGAUUUCUGACCAACGACCGAGAAACACCGGCUCUGCUGAGACGCCCAGCAACCAGCCACCAACGGUCAGCAACAUUUUCUGGUUUGCCGUAUACACGGCCUUUGACAACUGAAUCAGCCCUUGUGGUUGAGCAACCCACUCAUUUAUCACGAAUCUCUACUUGGAGACCAUUCUUCGAGCCGAGCUAUUCUAGGAAGAGGCACUCCUCGGGUCCCGGUCGAGAUUCUUCCGCUCGCUUGAUAUCUUCUAUCCAGGGACAGCCACCAACUUUGCUGUUGGCCAGUGCUGUUGAGCCCCGGGAAACGACGGAUUUCCAAGAGAACCACACUGUUAUUCAAUCGGAUCCACCACUACCUGCCACCAGUCGACGCCAUAAGAUCCGUCGAACCUUGGGCUCUGUAAGGAGAGGUAUUCCCCAACGUCACUUCACUGACCCAAUCGUGCGAGUGAACAAGGACGAAGCAUAUGGGAGCAUUGUCCCACCAGACGGCCUGUCCCAUUUGUCACCUGUGUCUGAUGUGUCUGCUUUUGAAGUUCAGCUUCCUCAUGGCACACCGGUCUUCACAUCAAGUCCGCCUCUAUAUGCCUCAUCACAGCACCGCUUCAUAUUGCCGAAGCGUACUUCUACCGCCCCAUCAGAUCCCACCACAGCCAGCUCAGACAACGACACGAGAGUAUUCACAGAUGACGACUCAAUGGACUUCCAGAGUGACACAGCUUAUGAUUCAAUGGCCACCCGAGCCACUGCUAGCAGCCAUUCUGGCUUUCGUCAGCCCAAAAUAGAGACAAUCUUUGACGAGCUCUCUAUGGAUCCUGAGCCCCCUCAGACCUCGGGUUUGGAGGAAUUAAUGCAGCGAACCACAUUGAAUGAACCAGGUUCAAGCUUCAGCGGUAGAAGCGAUCAGGCUACAACUGUGGGCAUUGGGAUCCAUGGUAUUGACAGGGACAGGCCAGCACGAGACGUCAGCCCUGAUCAGGCCUCCACCCCUGUCAAGGGCCCCCAAGUGGAUCCAGAGGAUUCUGUUUCAACUCCAGUGCCUAAGAGACGGCCCAAUACCGAUCCUAUUUUCAACUCUUCCCCUCCCUCCAUGCGUGCAUUCAGCAGAAAACUGCAGGAUGAGCCUGAAUUACCCACGAUGAUGGAUCUCGACUCGGACCACGGUGAAGAGGAUAUUGAAUGGUCUCCUAAAGUCGACCAGGAAGAACAGGAAGGGCGUGUGCAGAUGGAUGUGUCAGCACAAAAUGCAAUCCGCUUUGAUCAACUCUCUGAUGAUGAUUUCGAUGAACAACGAUCGACCAAACGAUCAUCCAUUUUUGACUGGUCAGAACACCAAAAGCUCGGCAGUGAUCAAUCAAACGGUGUAAGUCCCCGGCCAAAGACAGUCCACGGCAAACAGGGUACAAAGAAUGGACGCAGCCGACCUUCAGGCCGUAAAAGUAAUGCUGCAAUGCAUUUACGUAGCCAAAGCGUGCCAAACAAUCGUGACAGCCUGGCUGAAGCUGACUUGCCAUCAUCGGCCACUAAGUUUGGUACUUGGGCACUUGGUAGCAAACCUGUUAGCGAGGAAUGGAGCGACGAUUUUGAGUUCGACGACGUCGACGAAAUCCUCGAGCCGUCGGAGCCUGUCAGUGAUGACAAGGCUUGGAAGCGAGAAUCUAUUCGCAGCGUCAAAGUCCCACAGUCCAUCAUCGAUCGCCAGCAGAGUGUGCACCUCCAAUUCGGUCAAGUCCGUGAGUUUAUGUUGUUGGUUGAAGAGCUGAAACGACUUCGCCUGAGGGGAACUCACCUUGGACUACUUGAAAGUCACUCGAGACAGCUAUGGGAAGAUGCGGAGAGCAUCAUUGACCUGGCCACAGUCAAUGAAGAUGAGGACAAUUUUGCCCGUCCUCCCUCGCCCGUAUCAUCCGACAUCUUUGGGGACGAAACACCGCCUUCCAAACGGACAGCAGAUGAGGAAGCCAAGACCAAUGACAUGGGAAGAGCAAUUAAUCGACGUUCAAUUUCCAGUCCAGGGACACCCCCGUAUGGGCGGCCACGCGGUGAAAGCAUUCAAACCAAAACUUUCCUUCAAACCAUCCACCAGCAUCGUACUUGCCCGGAAUCCUCACCACCCCCUGCAGAGGUUCAUGUCCAACACCGAGAUAAACUCCCAUUUGACACGCAAGAUUUAAGAGACCUGGUGGUUCGAGCUGGUGUUAUCACCCGUGCGUUGAAGGAAAUUGUGAGGAAGGCAGAAGGUGUUUCUUUGAGUCCGGAAAGAUCUUCUGUACUUAAAUUUCCACAUGAUCCAGUAUUCCGGCAAAUAUUCGACCCACCAUCGGAUCCGUCCUCUAGUCCGACACUGAAGAAACCUGCAGGUCUGCCAAAGAGUCGAAGUGCUAACAGCUACCUCGAUGGGGCAAACACCAGCAAAGAACUUGACAUGGCACAGUCAUUGAAAUUCACCGCCGCAGUGGAAGCGAAUUGA